UAAAAAAAAACACACAAAUAGGUUAUGUUAUGACAUUUUCCAAUGAAAACAGUAUUAUGUUAACUAAUAGGAAUUUGAAAUAUUAAUAAUGAAUUUUUCAUUCCCUAAAAUGAAUAAAUAGAAUGAAUUCUAUCAGAAAGUACCCAGCACUUUAGUCCUUAUUAUUUAAUCACUAUUUCUCCCAACGGUCAUUUCGGUAAUACUUAAAUUCGAAAUGUAUUUUAGUAGUAUUUUGAUUUCAACGUAGUUAAAAAUUUGAACUCUUACAAACUGUUCAAUUCGUCAAUUUUGGAAUAGACUCAAUAUGGAGAAAAUUGGUUUAGUGUUUAUUAUUUUUGAGUUUAUUUUUGUACAAGCUAUCAGGAACUCUGAUCUUGUAUUUGUUAUAAUUAGUCAAGAAGAAAAUAAUUUAAGUACAGAGGAAGAAUUGAAGUUCGAAAUUUGUCAACAAACUUCAAUUGAAGAAGAUGAAUGUCCGCCUAUUUAUUUGUCACAUAAAGACUUUCCUCAUGUUGGAGGUUGGACUCUUAUUCCUAUUCUGAAUAAAAUAUAUGAAAUAUCUAAAAAUUCUUCUUGGUUAAUAAUUCUAGAGGACAGGAGCAUGAUAAGACUGGAAAAAUUAAAGAAACUUCUUGAAGAAUAUGACGAUUCUAAAGAACUUUGGAUUGGUCAUGCCUUAGAAGACAGUAAUCCAACUAUAAUACAUCAUUUUCAUGAUGUUGAAUUCAUGUAUCCACAUAUGGGGGCAGGCAUUGCCAUAACUAUUCCUUUACUUCAAAGGUUAUCGACAAGAACAUCUGUAGCAGGUAAAACGAUAGAUUUUAAUAUUGAUAGAUCUUAUGAAUUUGCAAUGUUCAUAUGGAAUGAGGCAAACAGAACUUCCUUGAUUCACAAUGAUGCAUUCUGUUCAAGUAAAAAAGAAAAUUGUGCUGUGUUCCCUAAAGAAUUCAAAAAAUGUGAUAUGUCUAUUACCGCAGAAUCAAUUUAUUUUGUUGUUAAGACUUGUUCAAAAUUUCAUUCAAUUAGAGUUCCUACAGUUUUAAGUACAUGGGCUAGAUAUGCAAAAAAAUUGGACUUUAUCAGUGAUAAAGAGGAUAAUUCAAUUCCAACCAUCUCACUUGGAAUUCCUAACACCGAAAGUGGUCAUUGUGGGAAAACAAUGGCCAUAAUUAAAUAUAUCUUUGAAAAAAUAAAGGACAAUAAUUCCAUAAAAUGGGCAGUUAUUACAGAUGAUGAUACAAUCUUGAGUGUCCACCGUAUUAUUGAAUUGCUGUCCUGCUACAAUGCUGAUAAUGAUGUAGCAAUAGGAGAAAGGUAUGGUUAUGGUGUUUACGAUUCCCAUGGUUUCAAUUACAUCACUGGUGGUGGUGGUAUGGUUUUCAGUAGAACACUCUUGGAAAAACUGUCAGCAACUUGUAAAUGCCCAUCAAUAUCAUCUCCUGAUGAUAUGAUUUUAGGUCUUUGUUUGUCAAAUUUGGGAGUUGAAAUUAUACAUUCUCAUUUAUUCCAUCAGGCAAGACCCAUAGAUUAUUCACCACGUUUUUUGGAAUCCGAUAGGCAUGUAUCGUUCCAUAAACAUUGGAUGAUAGAUCCUAUUAAAGUCUAUGAAGAAUGGUUUGCACAAGAAGAUUUGAAACUUGUCAAGACUCAUACCUUCAAAACUGAAUUAUGAUUUUACAAAAAUAUGUACAUAUAGAAUUUGAAUAAUAUCUAUUUUUAAUA